AUGCCAGGUUGCGUGUUUUUUGUUUUAAAAAGAGAUCUAGCACUUCAAAUUUACGAAAGCAUGGUGUUACAUUUUACAUUAACAAAAAAUAUGGAAUCGCAAGAGGAAAUUGAAACCAAUAACAGGAGAAGAUUAGUGGAGAAUGCAAUACCAAGUUUAAUACCAAACUGCAUCUAUUCUAUAGGUAUAUUGAGUGUCAAGUAUGUGGGGACAUGA